AUCGAAAUCGACUAAAAUUGAAAUGUUAUUUAAUACGGUUGAAAUGUUAUAAAUUAACGCGACAUUUGAUAAACGCAACUAUCAUUUGAUAAACAUAAGAGGGAAGGGUAGUACAAAUAUGGGAUGGCUUAAUAAAGUUGAAGCCAAGUCACAGGAGGAAUUGCCAGGAGUUGAUUUUUACGCUUCGCCACCAGCCUCUGCAAAAAGUAAUGAACAGCAGCAGCAGCCUGAGAACAAAUCCACUGCUGAAAAAAGCACUGAGAAAAAGGCAAAUUCUAAAGAGUGGGGCUAUGAUCUAUAUCCAGAAAGACGCGGCGAGGAAUUCAAACCGAAAUGGUCUAGAAUUUUUUUGGGCUUAGAAGGUCAUGAAAAUAUAGACAAAGUAAAAUGUGAACGAAAUGUUUACUGGUGUGUAAAAAAUAGUCCAUUAGUCAAAUUGAUGAUGGGAGCAUUGAAAAGCUCUGGAUGUCCGAUUGAUCUCAGACGUCAUAUUUCUUGCGAAGUUUGUGACUCCAGCGUAACCGGAGGAUAUGAUCCAGUUCUCAAUCAAAUUGUUGUUUGCCAAAAUAUGGCUCGCAAAGAAGGAAUGGUUCAAGGUGUUUUAACUCACGAAAUGAUACACAUGUUUGAUUAUUGCAAUAACGAUUUGGAUUUUCGUAAUAUUGACCAUUUGGCAUGUACAGAAAUAAGGGCUGCAAAUUUAGCUCACUGUUCUUUCUUAAGUGCAAUGAUGCAAGGAGAUGCUUCCAUGUUCAAUAUAAAACAAAGUCAUCAGAAUUGUGUUAAAUCAAAGGCCUUAGCAUCUGUAUUGGCAGUGCGCAACGUGACCCGGAAAGAAGCCAUUGAAGCUGUGGAAAGAGUAUUCCCAAAAUGCUACAAUGACUUAGAGCCAAUUGGUCGACGCAUACGAAGAAAUUCACCCGAUCAACACAGAGCUUAUAUGGAAGGUCCAAUGUACGGCUAUGAUGUUUAUUAGAGACACCAUAUAUGUAUAUUAUUUCUUUAAAUAAAAUUUAAAAAAAGUUCAUAUACACAA